UCCUUCUCAACCCCCAGGGUUUUUUUUGUGUGUGUGUUCAUUUGAGCCUUUGUCUUUGUUUGGCUGGAGAAACCAGCGAGGGAGCGCCGCGACUGCCAGGGAGGGAGCGCCGCGACAUACAGACAGACAGACAGCGGGACUGAGCCGGUUCUUCGAAGAGGUCCGGAGUGGCGAUAUUCCUGUUUGCGUUUGAAGCAUCUGCAGUCCUCCGCUUUCGUAAACAAGUUGUUGACGUCGAGCCGCGCCCGCUCGUUGUCGCCCCCCUGUGGCCAGGAUGAGUUGGAGCUUCCUGACCCGCUUCCUGGAGGAGAUCAACCACCACUCCACGUUUGUGGGCAAGGUGUGGCUGACGGUGCUGGUGAUUUUCCGCAUCGUGCUGACGGCGGUGGGCGGCGAGGCCAUCUACCACGACGAGCAGAGCAAGUUCGUGUGCAACACCCUGCAGCCGGGCUGCGACAACGUGUGCUACGACUCGUUCGCCCCGCUCUCCCACGUGCGAUUCUGGGUCUUCCAGAUCAUCCUCAUCUCCGUCCCUUCCGUCAUCUACCUGGGCUUCGCCAUGCACCGCAUCUCGCGCAGUGACGGUCAAGGCCAGGGGGUCCGGGCCAAGGCCAGGAAGAGGAUGCCCAUCGUCCACCGCGGGGUGGCGCGGGACUACGAGGAGGCGGAGGGAGACAACGAGGAAGACCCCAUGGUCUGCGAGGAGAUCGAACCCGAGGCCCCGUCCAAGCCCGACGAGAAAAACGCCGUGGAGAUCCGGCACGACGGCCGGCGGCGAAUCAAGGAAGACGGGCUAAUGAAGGUCUACGUGCUCCACCUCCUGAUGAGGACCCUGUUCGAGGUGGGGUUCCUGGUGGGCCAGUACUUCAUCUACGGGGUGCAAGUCCUCCCCGGCUUCGUGUGCAGGCAGUCGCCAUGCCCGUACACGGUCGACUGCUUUGUGUCCCGCCCCACCGAGAAGACCAUCUUCCUGCUGGUGAUGUACGUGGUGAGCGGCCUGUGCCUGUUCCUCACCCUGUGCGAGCUGGUCCACCUGGGCUGCGGCGGGAUACGGGACGGGCUGCGCGGGCGCCGGCUGGCCAUGAGCGCCCCCAAGUGCGGGGCCUACGCCCCGCCCGGCUACCACUCCGUCCUGCGCAAGGAGCAGGGCAAGCUGGGCAGCAGCAACGGCGCCUACCGCGGGACCAUGGCGCCCGGCAGCUUCGAGAUGUCCGACAUGGUCCAGAGGCACCUGAAGAUGGCGCAGGAGCAACUCAACCUGGCCUACCGGGUGUGCGGAGACGGGCCCGUUAACGGGAGGAGCAGCAGCCCAGAGUCUAACGGGACCGCCGCCGAACAGAACCGCCUCAACUUCGCCCAGGAGAACGACGGCGCUUGUUCCGAGAAAGCAGGUUUGCGAGGGUGAUCUACACGGAACCUCUCCUUGAUCCCCGGCUUCGGACAAGUCCGAGCGCCUCAAGCAAUAAACGGGACUUCGACUGGAAAAGACUUGCAUCUCAUCUCUGCCUCGUCCUCAGCACUGAGGACAACUUCAUCUUUGACAGGAACUGCUCGGCGUAGCUGGCUGGAGCAGUGGGCGGGCGGGAGUGGUGGUGGUGGUGGUGGUGUCUGACAACAUGUCCACACACGCACACACUGCCCACCGCAGAGGCGGCACGCUUGCACACCCGUCAGCUGCUUCUUCUUCUUACCUUCCGGAACAUUCCACCUGGGUCGGGGGCCACGGCGUCUCUCGGGCAGGUUCUCCAGGAAGAACCUCCCAUCUUCCACGUGUAUUCGAGAGACCUCCACUCUUGCGCCAAGACUGUCCUUAACCAAUCACCGACCAUCGUCCCGACCACCCCGCUUGCUGCCAGGCCGCUGAUUUUUUAAUCAUUUCUAGUUUAUUUUUUAAAUCCAUGUAAAAGAAACACUUUUGUCCAACGACUGCCAAUUGAUUUCAAUUUUAAUCCUAGAUGUUUACAGCUGUAGAACAUUCCAGAAUGUUGUGUGUUGAGUAAGAGCGUUGAUCAAAUGAAUUUGCUUUUUUUUCUUCCAUUGUCCUCGAUAACUAUUGUCGAUGAUUUUUUUUUUGUCCAAGGACGUUGGUGUUCUGGAAAAGAUGUUCUCCUUAUUUCUUGGCCCAUUCCGUGUCGUUUAGUUCAGAGCCCAAAGGGCCCGCCCUGUAAAAUGUGUUAGAUAUUUCCCUCGUCUCUCCGCCUCAUCUCAGCCCUAACGCUCCCUUCAGGAUCAUUUAUCCGUUUCAUAGCGCAGCGACACAGCUAGUCUUCCUGACCUCGGAUGCUGCCUGUGUGGAGUUUGCACGUUCUCUCCCCUGUGACCGUGUGGGUUUCGUAACGUUCCAGGAGCAGAAUUAGGCCAUUCGGCCCUUCAAGUCUACUCCGCCAUUCAAUCACGGCUGAUCUAUCUCUCCCCUCCUACCCCAUUCUCCUGCCUUCUCCCCAUAACCCCUGACACCCGUAACUAAUCAAGAAUCUAUCUAUCUCUGCCUUAAAAAUAUCCACUGACUUGUGGCCUCCACAGCCGUCUGUGUGGCAAAGAAUCCCACAGAUUCACCGCCCUCUGGCUAAAGAAAUUCCUCCUCAUCUCCUUCCCAAAAGAACGUCCUUUAAUUCUGAGGCUGUGCCCUCUGGUCCUAGACUCUCCCACUAGUGGAAACAUCCUCUCCACAUCCACUCUAUCCAGGCCUUUCACUAUUUCACUAAAUACAGUGCAUUCAGAAAGUAUUCAGACCCCUUCACUUUGCCCACAUCUUGUUACGUUACAGCCUUAUUCUAAAAUGGAUUAAAUUCAUUUUUUUAAUCCUUCAAUCCACACACAAUACCCUAGAAUGAAGAAGCGUAAACAGGUGUUCAGACAUUUUUGCAAAGUAAUUGAAAAGAAAUAACUGGAAUAUCACAUUACAUCAGUGUUCAGACCCUUCACUCAGUACUUUGGCAGCGAUUACAGCCUUGUGUAUUCUUGGGGAUGAUGCUACAAGCUCGGCACACCUUUGUAAUUGGGUAAUUUGUGAUAUUUCAUAGAAACAUAGAAACAUUAGGUGCAGGAGUAGAGGCCAUUCGGCCCUUCGAGCCUGCACCGCCAUUCAAUAUGAUCAUGGCUGAUCAUCCACCUCAGU